AUGGCAGGCGACCAUGGUUCCCAGGGCCCUGUGGUGAUAGGUGUUUGCAUUGCAUUCGCUAUUCUUACGUUUAUUGUCUUGUCUUUGCGACUCUUUGCACGUAUUUAUGUGUUGGGAAAGAUGGGUCUUGAUGACUACCUCAUCAUUGCAGCGAGUCUUUUAUCAUGGGCAUUCAUUGCUGCCACAAUUGCCGCGGUUCAAAAUGGGCUAGGACAACACUACGAAUAUACCGACAAGUCGAAAUCGAUUGACUAUUCAUUUGCCGUCUGGCUGAGUUCAAUGUUCUACCUAGCUACUCUGGGCUUCGUCAAGACGUCUGCAUUAUGGUUCUACACCCGGCUAGGAGACCGCACUCUCACCCGCAUUUCCUACGUGAUGAUCCUUCCAGUGCCAACCCAUCAGUAUGGCCUGGACCGGCACUGCCCCGGAAAAUGCGUCAACAUCAAUGUUUUCUACCUCGCUAACGCGGCUCUCAACAUCUUUACGGAUCUUCUGACCUAUACCCUCCCUAUCCGAGUCAUCUUGAAGCUGCAGAUGCCUCGCAAACAGAAAAUUGUCCUUGGAUUCAUCCUAUGCCUAGGUCUCUUUGCCUGCGUCUCCUCUAUCAUCCGAAUCACCUAUAUCCCCGCGAUGCUCACUUCGGCCGACUACACCUACGCCAUCAGCGGCGCAAUGUAUUGGUCUGUAAUCGAAUCCAACGUCGGUAUACUCGCCGCCUCCAUCCCAUCAUUCAAAGCCAUCGCCUCGCGCUUCGUGCCCCGCUUCAUUGGCGAGUACAGUAGCGGGAGAAAGUCAUACGGCCCCUGGUCCAGCACCGCGGCUGCCCGACGGUACGGAUCUGGCUUCGCCAAAGUCACCGACCCCGCCCACAUCACCAUGAACACGUUGAAUGGGGACAAGGAUGCUACGAUAGGUACGCAAAUAGGCGCGAUUGCGGACAAUUCCAGUGAGGAGCGUAUCAUUGUCCCUGAUGGUAAAAUUUUUACGCAGACAGAGAUUGAGACGACGGUUGAGUCGACUGGACCUUUGGAUUUGAUCGGCGGACGGGUUCGGCAGUCGAAGCGAAGCUUUUGGGGUUAG